AUGGGUAUCGAUUUAGUCGCAGGAGGUAAGAGCAAGAAGACCAAGCGCACCGCACCUAAAUCUAAUGAUAUCUACCUGAAACUCCUCGUCAAGUUGUAUCGGUUUCUGGUGAGGAGGACUGGGAGCAGGUUUAAUGCGGUGGUUCUGAAGAGGCUGUUCAUGAGCAGGAUUAACAGGCCCCCGCUGUCUCUCUCACGUCUCGCUGCUCUCAUGAAGGGCAAGGAGAAUCAAAUUGCUGUGUUGGUUGGGACAGUGACUGACGAUAUUCGUCUUAGUGAAGUCCCUGCUAUGAAGGUUACUGCUCUCAGGUUCACUGAGACGGCUCGGGCUAGGAUCGAGAAGGCUGGAGGAGAAUGCUUGACUUUUGACCAGCUUGCUCUCAGGGCUCCUCUAGGGCAGAACACUGUACUCUUAAGAGGUUCACGCAAUGCCCGUGAAGCCGUGAAGCACUUUGGCCCAGCUCCUGGUGUCCCGCAUAGUCACACCAAGCCAUACGUGCGAUCUAAGGGAAGGAAGUUUGAGCGAGCUAGAGGAAGGAGAAAUAGCCGUGGUUUCAGAGUUUAA